AUGACCGUAAGUUACUCGAGCACGGUUGCGACCGUUCAUUACAAUUCCUUCGCACUUCUACUGCUACGCUGGCGAGGAAGUGUAUACAAAGCCGUUUGGCCUAUUUUGAUGCUGUUUUGCAGUGCCUAUGCAACAGUGGCGUUAACUUAUCACUUUUUGCCGCAUCAAACGGAAAGCGAUCGAGCUACUCGGCGGAAAUUUGUGCAGAUAUGUGCCUUCGCUGGUCACGUGUCUAGCGCAAUUCCUAUUUCAUUUUUUCUGGGUUUCUUUGUGAAUAUUGUGGUAGAUCGGUGGUGGCAACAGUUUUUACACUUACCCACACCCGACUCUGUGUGUACGCUACUCUCCACCUAUCUGAUCCCGGGACAGUCAGACAAAAAGGAAAGACCGCUCAUGUUUCGAAGGGCUGUUGCUCGCUAUCUGAAUCUGUCUGCAGCUCUGUGUUUUCAUUCAAUCUCUCUGAGCGUGAAGCGAAAACUGCCCACUUUGGAUGAUUUCGUCGCCACUGGAUUGAUCACAGACCAGGAGUUACAGAUCUACAAGGGUGUAGCACUCGACAAGCCGUUCUUUUUUGUUCCACUUGUUUGGUCUGUUAGUUUGCUGACUCGUGCACAUCACGAGGGAAUGAUUCGUCACGAUCGACAUUUGAGCGCGCUCCUGGAUGCUGUUGUGAUGUAUUGGAGGCAGCUACACACACUUUUCCUGUAUGACUAUGUGAACAUUCCGCUGGUGUAUAACCAGGUAAGCCUUACCAGGAUAGAGUUCUUAUUAAUUUGGACGACAACACAGCUGCCUAAAGACUGGAUUUCUGUAUUGGAUUAUCAGGGUUGUCGGAGUUGGUUAAAAAUCCUGAUUCCAAACCAACCGAGAAGAGGCGUACCAACCAUACACUUCUUCCUGGUUGUAACAGUGAUCACCAGCUCGAUUGGGCAUCAAGGUGCAUUGGGUACCUUGGACGUUUGA